GGAGACUGUAUUACUUGAAGCAAGCGAAAUAUCGUAGAUCAAAGUUCGCAACCGGUAAAAAAUACCGGAGCCUUAUAAAUUGAGUAUGGACUCUAAUCCUGGGCCCCCAAAGAGAGUAAAAUAUGGAGAUGCUGAUUUUGAAGCUACUUUACUGAAAUGGGCAGAGGAAGUCGAUUCUGGUGGAAGCGAUAUCGAAUCAGAUGGCGACUGUAUACUAUCGGAUCAUGUCACUGAGUCGGACGUUGAAUUCGACGAAGAGGACGACGAAAAUCUAGGUGAAAUCAGUCAUACCGAGAUAAUCCAGAAAUAAACCGCUAUCAUUUUGGAAAACAGUUAGCAAUGCUUUUGGUAACUCCACAUAUGCAACGCCGAUAUCAAAAUGUGCGUAUUGGUCGUGAAAUUAAAAUAUCUAUAAGACGCAUACUACAAUUGGCACAAGAAGA